AUGGAGAUGGAAAUUUUUUCCGUUGCUAAGUCGGUCUUGACUGGGAAAGUUCAGAAAUGGUCCCUCUCUUUGCUUCUUUCUCUCCUCCCAAAACAUCUUCCCUCCGCUUGCUCCGACGUUUCUUCUUCUUCUGAGAAUCAUCAACCUCCACCAAGUCCUACCCUAAAGGGGUCGUCUUUUUCAAGGUCGAGAACGACAGCUUGGGAUACACACGCAAAUAGACAGACGGUCCAAGAAGUUUAUGGGGCUUUAAUUUCGUUUAUGUGGGUUGGGCUGCCAUUGAUGAGGCUAACCGACAAGUAUUUGUUUCCACUCAGAUUCCUUGAACAAUCUGGAAAAGGUAGUGCAGAAGGUUGCUCCGAGUUCAUAAGUAAUGGGCAUGAAAUCCGGGAAGAAAGUGGGAAUGGUCACAACUGUUCUUGGGUCUCAUGGGGUUGGGCUGAUUACGCUUCAGGAAGCUUUCAAAGGGUCAGGGAAUUUAGUGAUCAAAGGAGAAGAAGAAGAUGUGAGGGUUGUCACUGA